UGCCGCCGCCUCCGCCUCCGCCGCCUGGCUGCUUCCCCCCCCUGCGACUCCACCCCUCUCCUGCAGACGAAGGCAUGGCGAGCACCGAGGCUAGAAGGGAGUGUGAGACAGAGGGCUGCAGCAAGGACGCCAAACUUCAGUGUCCUACAUGUAUCAAGCUUGGUAUCCAAGGCUCCUAUUUCUGCUCGCAGGAAUGUUUCAAAGGGAGCUGGGGUUCUCACAAGCUGCUGCACAAAAAAGCAAAGGAGGACAAGAACCAGAAUGAAUCAAAGAACUGUGUGGAGAAGGACAUCAACACAGACCCAUGGCCGGGUUACCGUUACACAGGAAAACUACGCCCUUACUACCCAUUGACUCCCAUGAGGCCUGUGCCCAGUGACAUCCAAAGACCUGAUUAUUCUGAUCAUCCCAGAGGGAUCUCUGAGUCUGAGCAGUUUCUGAAGGGGACGUCACAGAUCAAGAUCCUGUCACCUGAUGACAUUGAGGGCAUGAGAGUGGUGUGCAAGUUGGCACGAGAAGUCCUAGACAUCGCAGCCAUGAUGGUGAAGCCGGGCAUUACAACAGAAGAAAUCGACCACGCUGUGCAUCUGGCUUGUACGGCGAGGAACUGCUACCCCUCUCCUCUCAACUACUACAACUUCCCUAAAUCCUGCUGCACGUCUGUCAAUGAAGUCAUCUGCCAUGGCAUCCCAGACAGAAGACUACUACAAGAAGGAGAUAUCCUCAAUGUGGACAUCACUGUCUACCACAACGGUUUCCAUGGUGACCUCAAUGAAACCUUCUAUGUCGGAGACGUGGACGAAGAAGCAAAGAAACUGGUUCAGACCACAUAUGAAUGCCUUAUGCAAGCGAUCGACUCCGUGAAGCCUGGCAUUCGCUAUAGAGAAUUAGGUAACAUCAUCCAGAAGCACGCUCAGGCCAACGGCUUCUCUGUGGUGCGGAGCUACUGUGGCCACGGCAUCCACAGACUCUUCCACACCGCUCCCAAUGUGCCACAUUAUGCCAAAAACAAAGCCGUCGGAGUUAUGAAGCCUGGCCAUGUGUUCACUAUUGAGCCCAUGAUAUGUGAAGGUGGCUGGCAAGAUGAGACGUGGCCCGACGGCUGGACAGCGGUGACCAGAGAUGGGAAGCGCUCAGCUCAAUUUGAACACACCUUGCUGGUGACGGAGACUGGCUGCGAGAUCCUCACCCGCCGCCUGGAGGACAACGGUCGGGCUCAUUUCCUGAGCCAAGUGUAGGCUGGACCUGAACGCAAACCAAGGACUGGACUUUCCAGACACAGACACCCAGCACCUCUGAUUCUUACACCUACACACACGCGCGCACACACACAUGACACACACACACAGACAGACACACACAUCUCAAUCAUGAGGUACCACUCCUAGAGCUCAGUUUAACUGUGGCUCCCAUUGUUCUUUGAAUUAAAUAUUGGUUCCUCAAAUUAAAUGGAAGUACUUGAAUGUGUCAUAUAUCAAAUGUGGAUCGCUUUAUUAGUGAAAAACUGUGUCCUCUGAAAGAAAUAUGAAAGUAUUUAUUAGGUUUUGGUUUUGCUUAGUGGUCGGGCUUGACAUCAGGCCUGUUUUUGACUUGUGGGUAAUGUCACGCAGAGUUUUUACUGGCUGGCUAGUUGUCGUCUGUGGUGUGUGGAGCUCAGGGCAAAUUCAACCAUUACCCCAUGCUGCGCUUCUUUUCUCUCAUCUUCUCUCUGCUAACCUUAAUCAGACGUCAUAAGAAUUUCCCGUAGACGGACUGAAAAGAAAUUAGCAAUACUUUUUAGAUGGGAGGGUUCUGGGAAACGGCAUCAACAAGUGUCACAACCUCAACAACGAGCAACUCGAAGCUUAUUUUAGACGUAGAAAAUAACAAGAGGCCAAAAAAUGUAAAAGUUCAGUUUAACAGCAGACAUAUUUAAAUACACGUUAGAGAAGAUUAAUAACACUCUCACGUCUGUCCCUUUUUAAGACCAGGUGACUGUUAACUUGGCAUAUUAUGAAGACUGGAAGGCGAACAGGCUCGCUUGGCUCUGUCCAAAAUGAAAAAGAAAUGCUAAGCAGUGCCUUGAAAGCUUGGUAAUUAACACGUUUUACAAAUUGUAUGGACUCGACAAAUGAGAUGUAAUGUGUUAAUUAGUGAGCAUUAGAGAUGCUAGUAGGUGGAUUUUGUGAGUUUCGCUCAGAGCCAGGCGAGCUUUUUCCCCGUUCAAGUCUUUAUUUUAAGCAAAGCUAACCAUCUCCUAGAUGUAGCUUCAUAUUUAACGGACAGAUACGAGAGCUGUUUGAAUCUUUUUUCUAUUUUUUAUCAAACUCUCAGCAAGAAAGCAAAAUAAACACAUUUCCCAAACUGCUGAACUCAUCUCUGUAACGCUUCUGAAAGGAAAUGAAUCAAUAAAUGAGAUUUAUCACUUCAUGUCAGCCUGUUGCCAGCUCAUCGCAAGGUCACUCAUCACCGUCGUAUGUACCUGUUGAUGUGCCCGAUAGACGCACUCCAACUUAAUUGUUCUGUCCUCAAUGUGGCUAUUAUUAGUACUCGGUCUUCAGUCAGUUUUCCAGUAGAGGACGUCAGUCGCGGUUGCUAGGAGAGAUGUGAUGCAACCACGGAGCAUUUACAGAGAUAACCAGAAUGAGUAUAACGACAUCGAGCACAAAGUCAUUCAAGUGCUGAACUAACUCUUUACAGUGUCUCGUGUUUCCAUUAGCCCUUGUGUAGCAAAUUGAGCCUUAAUGUGUGAAUCUAGGAAGUAAAACUCGCUGGAAUAUUUCAAGGCACGUUAACUGAUAUAUUCCCAUUAUUUCGACAGUCAUUGUUUACCUUGAUGUGAGGAUUCUCCUGGUGUUAGCAGCAUUCAUUAUUUCUACAUUUUCAGAGGACUAAUGUGAUCACAGUUUCUCUGCCAUCUUUGUAUUUCUUCUAAUGGAGUAAUAAAUGACUCUUCUGUA